CAACAGUAAUUCUCCGGUCCUGACAGGUUAUUUUAUCCUAAAAAAAAUUCCUUUUUUUUUCAAACAAACAAUUUAUAUGACUGAUAAGGUUUAUUUGUUGUUAAAAUCGUUUUAUCUUGCUUGUAGAUAAAAAAAAAACAAAACCUUUUUUGAUACGGAAAACAUGUAAAUUGUUUCAGUUUUUAUUUGUCACAAGGGAAAUGUAACUGUUUAGAGAAAUGAUUGGAGCAAAAUUCUUGAUUUGUGUUUGUUUUCUUUUUGUUAAAGUAUUAGCCAGAGUUGGGGACAAAUGUGAUCCGGCAUCAAUAAGGGACGAGCCCUGUCCUACCCCGGAAGAACUGUGCGACCAACAAAUACAAACAUGCCAAUGUGCCAUCGACUACAAUUUAAUCGAGGGGGUCUGUGUAUUUAAUCAGACCUCAAGAUAUUCCAGUUUAGUGGAUAAUGAAGGGGAUGGGUCCCUUAUAGCCGGGAUCUUCAUUCCUUUAGGUUUAGUCUCACUUGUGAUAUGUAGUAUUUAUUUGAGUAAGAGGUUCGAGCUGGUCAAGUGGCUUAGGGAGAGAUUGCACCAAAGAAACCAAAAUUAUGAUGAAUUUAUGAUCGGGCAGGAUGAGGAUGAUGAUGACCCCGUUCUGGCUUAAGGGUUUUUAGUACUAAUAAUUAUAAGCUUUUUGCGACUGGUUUUUUGUUAUUUUUAGAGCAGCAUGUAAAUAUUUUGUUUUAUUAUGGAUUUAAUAUUUAUUGUUUAAUGUAAUGGCAUCAAUAAAGACAUUUUUGCAUUAGA